AUGCGCAUGCGUGGUUGUAAAGUGGGUGGAUGCCACCUGAUUCUAUGUACAGCACACCAAGUAUUCCUCUCGAAACUUUAAUCCUAAAAAAGACAUGGCAACUAGUUUUAAAAGACAGGCUGUUUUACCUAGCAAAAAAAGGCCAGCUCCAAAGAAUGAACUAACAGAAGAACAAAAGCAAGAGAUAAGGGAAGCGUUUGAUCUGUUUGAUGCUGAUGGAUCAGGUAAAAUCGAUGCAAAAGAACUAAAGGUGGCAAUGAGAGCUCUCGGUUUUGAACCAAAGAAAGAAGAGAUUAGGAAAAUGAUAGCUGACGUUGAUAAGGAUGGAUCUGGAAUUAUUGAUUUUAAUGAGUUUCAGCAGAUGAUGACAGCUAAAAUGGGAGAGAAAGAUUCGAAGGAGGAAAUCCUUAAAGCCUUCAGACUGUUUGAUGAUGAUGAAACAGGAAAGAUCUCUUUUAUGAAUCUGAAAAGAGUGGCUAAAGAAUUAGGAGAAAAUCUCACUGAUGAAGAGCUCCAGGAAAUGAUUGAUGAGGCUGACAAAGAUGGUGAUGGUGAAGUCAGUGAGGCAGAAUUCCUCAGAAUUAUGAAAAAGACAAACAUGUAUUAAGCACACAUGCAUAAUUUCUACAAUACAGCUACAUGUGCGCAAUGCUCAAAAGUAUGCUAUAUAACACAUAUAAUUAUGUGCAGUUAGUACUGUACUCUCAACCUUAUCACUUUGUUAUAAUUAUCAUACAUGUACCACUUCAAGAUAAUUAUAUCGUGUUUAAGACCACUUAAA